UGAAGUGCACGUAACCCGAAACUGGGAUACAUCGAUAAUUAUGAAUGUAGACAGGGGUGACCACAAUGACCCUUAAGGUUCAGAAAGCUACCCAUAUACCGAUUGGAGCAACAAUCGCUCGAAAUGUAUUAAGCAAAAAUGAACGUUUGAUUAAGGCUUUACACCUGGAAACAAACAAUGAGGUGUGUAGGAUAGCUCAUUGCAAUACGAUUUCCAAUGGUCGAAAAAAUGAAUGGAAAUAUAUAGGCACUAAAUCUUACAAUGAUUUAUUGGCAAAGGCACUCGAAGGUACUUGUCAAAAGAAAUGCGUUGGAAUAAAGCGUGGUGUAUUAGACGACUCAAACACGUCCAUAAGAUUUAACCAAUUUAAAUUGCGUUCAUCGCCACAUCGAUUCACAGUGAAGAGUGAACCACAUGUUGAAGUAGGCGUUGAUGGCAAGCGUGUGGGAGUUAUUUCCCUGACAACAGAUGAUACGGCUACUGUUCCGAAGCGUUCGAAACUGUCCGUACCAGAUGCUGGGAAACCUUAUACGCCCGAGCCUAAUUCUCACGUAGUUCAUAACGCUGGAAUACUAAAACAAUGGGAGGUGGAUUUGUUAAGCAACAACAAGAACAGUUUGAUUAAUAUCGAUCCGGUUAAUGAGAUCACUCCCGCGCCCAUAUAUGAAUUUAAACAACAAAUGCAGAAUAAUAAAAAUGAAGAUUUGCAAUGCAGUAAUCGUUCAAGGAUGUCAGCAAUGGAUACUGGUAAUGAGUCAUGGGUAUGGAUAGAACCCAUUGAGAAAACCGUAGUGCACAAUCCACCGGAAGCGCUGCAUCAUUCUAAAGGUUCAUCUAAGAGGGGGAAGGAUAUUAGACGCCCACCAACGACCGAAAAUCGCUCUUCAGGGCGCGAUUUUACUGAUAUGUCUCGUGCGUAUCAACCCACCCCUGCAGAUGUCGCUGCCUCCGAUACCCUAACUCUUGAACAAUCCAAUAUCACAUCAAAAGAAGCUGUCCAAGUUGGAAACCCAGGAGGGGAAAUAUCCACUAUGAUGAAUCAAUCAUUAUUAACGGUGGACGCGGAUGUUCUAUCUUUAAGUAAUAACCCGGUAAAAAGGAGCAUCGAUAUCAGCAAAUACAAAUCUAAAUCUACACUAAAACCCAUAGAUUUGAAAUCUGUGUCGGGUUUUUAUGUUGUGAACGCAAAUGCGGACUGGCAAUUUUAAUAUUUUUUGCAACGUAUAGUUCGUGUAUGCUAAUAGAACUUGGAUUUACUUCUCAUGUUUUUACG